UAAUCGGUUAACCUUUCUUGGUUUAAAGGAUCCAAGAAAAAAGCCAGACCCAUGGUUUCCCGGCGGGUUUAUGCUCAAGCCUUGGCAUGGGCGGUCACUUAGUCGGCGGAGCUUACGGUUCGAUGAUGCGCAAGUUCGGCCUCGGUGCUGACAAUGUACUCGACGCCAGAAUCGUCGACGCCAAUGGUAAGAUCCUUGACCGUGCUGCGAUGGGAGAAGACGUUUUCUGGGCGAUUCGCGGAGCUGGCGGCGGUAGUUUCGGAGUGAUCCUCGCUUGGAAGAUCAAGCUCGUACCGGUUCCAGCCACCGUGACGGUAUUCACAGUAACGAAGACGCUUGAGCAAGACGGGACUAAUGUAUUGUACAAAUGGCAACAAGUCGCUGAUAAGCUUGACGAUGAUCUCUUCAUCCGCGUGAUUAUUUCUCCGGCGAGAAAAACCACCGGAUCGGCAGAUCGAACCAUCUCGAUGUCGUUCCAAGCUCAGUUUCUCGGCGACUCUAAUCGUCUCUUGGAGAUAAUGCAGAAGGAUUUCCCUGAGCUAGGACUGACCGAGAAGGACUGCACUGAGAUGAGCUGGAUCAAAUCAGUGAUGUACAUUGCCGGAUUCCCAAACAGUGCAGCACCAGAAGCUUUACUAGCCGGUAAAUCAUUGUUCAAGAAUCACUUCAAAGCCAAAUCAGACUUUGUGAAAGAGCCAAUUCCAGUAGAAGGCUUAGAAGGAUUAUGGAAGAGGUUUUUAGAAGAGGAUUCGCCUUUGACGAUAUGGAACCCUUACGGAGGAAUGAUGUCGAGGAUCUCCGAGUCAGAGACACCUUUCCCUCACAGGGAAGGGACGUUGUUCAAGAUUCAGUGGCUAAGCACUUGGCAAGAUGGGGAAGCGAGUGAGGCCAAGCAUAUGAAGUGGAUUAGGGAAAUGUAUGAUUACAUGGAGCUGUAUGUGUCCAAGAACCCGAGACAGGCGUAUGUGAAUUACAGGGAUCUUGAUUUGGGGACUAAUAAGGAAGAGAGUGAUGCUAGAGAGUGGGGGGCUAAGUAUUACAAAGGGAACUUUGACAGGUUGGUGAAGAUCAAGGGUGAGUUUGAUCCUGAUAAUUUCUUCAGGCAUGAACAGAGUGUUCCAACAAAGAUUGGUUGAUGUAUAUUGGACUUCGUUGUUGUUGUUAGUCAAUGGCUUUUAAAUUUUAAUAAAGAACAUCAGUUAAAAUAUAGAAAUCAUAGGGAUCUGGGUUUUGUCAUAGGGAGCAUUCUAUAUUUUGUGUUUGUGUUUACGCAUAGCAAUCUUUACUUAUGGUUUAUGUGGGUUGGUUUUGUUGAAAAGACAAAUUUGUUUUUGAACUAAAUAUAAGAUAUUUCCCCUA